GCCGCCGGGGGGCGGCAUCCCUUAGUUCCCCAGAAUUCUGUUAAUAGCCUGGCUGGGCAGCUGUUCGGUUACUUUGCGCAAUCCCAGAGCUGGCGGCUCCGUUCUCCCCGUGUAAACCCCGCUCCGCUGGCAGGCAGAUGCAGCUGGAAGAACAGAAAUUGGCAGUAGGAUUCAGGCAGGUUUUAUCAUGCUACGAACAUUCAGAGACACAACUGGCAAGUUUGGGGUCCACCUUUUAAAGUGCCAUCACCAUCAUAAACCUGUACUGGCAAUCAGGAGGGAAGAUGUUAGUGUUUGGGAAAGAAGAGCACCUCUAGCACCAAAGCAUGUUAAAGAGCUAACAAAUCUGGGAUACAAAGUCUUAGUACAACCAUCAAACCGGAGAGCCAUCCAUGAAAAGGAAUAUAUAAAAGCAGGUGGCAUUAUUCAAGAAGAUAUUUCUGAGGCAUCGCUAAUUGUGGGAGUGAAGAGACCUCCAGAGGAUAAAUUAAUUCCUAAGAAGAAUUAUGCAUUCUUCUCUCACACUAUUAAAGCCCAAGAGGCAAACAUGUCUCUACUGGAUGAAAUUCUAAGAAAGGAAAUUCGAUUGAUUGACUAUGAGAAAAUGGUUGAUCACAGAGGACUACGAGUGGUAGCCUUUGGACAGUGGGCUGGUGUAGCAGGAAUGAUCAAUAUUUUACAUGGAAUGGGAUUACGAUUGCUUGCCCUAGGACAUCACACUCCUUUCAUGCACAUUGGUAUGGCUCACAACUACAGGAACAGCAGCCAGGCUGUGCAGGCAGUGCGGGAUGCUGGCUAUGAAAUCUCUCUGGGUUUGAUGCCAAAGUCGAUUGGACCCUUAACAUUUGUGUUUACAGGCACUGGUAAUGUUUCUAAGGGUGCCCAAGAAGUGUUCAAUGAACUCCCCUGUGAGUAUGUGGAGGCACAUGAACUGAGGGAGGUUUCCAAAUCUGGAGACCUUAGGAAAGUAUAUGGGACAGUGUUAAGUCGUCACCAUCAUCUUGUAAGGAAGACCGAUGGGGUGUAUGAUCCAGAGGAAUACGACAAACAUCCAGAACUCUACACUUCUCGUUUUAAUACUGAUAUUGCACCGUACACUACUUGUUUGAUUAAUGGAAUAUACUGGGAGCAACACACCCCUCGCUUGUUGAAUCGAUACGAUGCAAAAAAGUUGUUGGCUCCGGUUAAACCUUCUGCUGCUGCAACUGAGGGUUGUCCAGAAUUACCACACAAACUUAUGGCAAUAUGUGACAUUUCAGCAGAUACUGGAGGAUCCAUAGAAUUUAUGACCGAGUGUACAUCAAUUGACAGUCCAUUUUGUAUGUAUGAUGCUGACCAGCAUAUUAUUCAUGGCAGUGUGGAAGGCUCUGGGAUUCUGAUGUGUUCCAUUGACAACUUACCAGCCCAGCUUCCUAUAGAAGCAACAGAAUACUUUGGAGACAUGCUCUUAACUUAUAUUGAAGAGAUGCUGUUAUCUGACGGCUCACAGCCUCUCGAAAGCCAGAAUUAUUCACCUGUUGUACGAGAUGCAGUGAUUACGUCCAAUGGUUCAUUGACUGAUAAGUAUAAAUAUAUCCAGAAAUUGAGGGAGAGCAGGGAAUACUCGCGGUCACUAACCAGGGAUAAGAAGAGGGUCUUGUUACUUGGAUCUGGCUAUGUUUCUGGCCCUGUGAUAGAAUACCUCACUAGAGAUCCCAAUGUAGAAAUCACCGCAGUUUCUCCACUGACUCUUUAUCUCAGAACAGCAUCCAUCAUGAAGGAGCAACUUGGCCAGCUGACCAAGAAAUACAACAAUGUUACUUCUGUUCAUGUGGACAUCAUUAAGUGCGAGGAUAAACUGUCCUCCUUGGUGAAGACACACGACCUUGUGAUCAGCUUGCUGCCUUACUCAGCACAUCCUUUAGUCGCUAAGAAGUGCAUUGACAGCAAAGUAAACUUAGUGACAGCCAGCUACCUAACACCAGCUAUGAAAGAACUCCAAGAAAGUGUAGAAGCUGCUGGUAUUAUGGUUAUCAGUGAAAUAGGUUUGGAUCCUGGCCUCGAUCAUAUGUUGGCGAUGGAGUGUAUUGAGAAGGCAAAAGAUGUAGGCGCUACGGUCAUAUCGUACACUUCCUUCUGCGGUGGCUUGCCAGCUCCUGAAUAUUCUGCUAAUCCUCUGCGAUACAAAUUCAGUUGGAGUCCACAGGGUGUUCUGUUGAAUACAGUUCAGUCUGCCAGAUAUUUAAAAGAUGGAGAGAUUAUUAAUAUUCCAGCUGGAGGAGCAUUGCUUGAUUCUGUUGCUGUCAUGGAUUUUUUCCCAGGAUUAAAUUUGGAAGGUUUUCCCAACAGGGACAGUACAAAAUAUGCGGAACCAUAUGGUAUUCAGUCAGCCCAUACCUUGAUAAGAGGCACCUUAAGGUAUAAGGGGUAUUCGAAAGCCGUGGGAGGCUUUGUAAAAUUAGGUUUAAUAAACCCAGAUCCAUAUCCUUUGCUUAGCUCAACGGCACCACCUAUAACCUGGAAAGAGCUGAUGUGUAAGCUGCUUGGACUCAAACCUUCUGCCGAAUCUGCUGUCCUUAGAGACGCAAUCUACAACAAACUGGAACAGGACAACAGUCAGCUGCAAGCAGUGGAAUGGUUAGGGAUACUUGAAGAUGAGCCAGUUCCUAUAGCAGACUCCAUUGUGGGGGCACUUGCCAAGCACAUGGAGCUGAAGCUGCCCUUUGGUGCUGGAGAACGAGAUAUGAUAAUUAUGAGAAAUGAAAUAGGUAUCAGGCACCCAUCUGGCCAUUUGGAAGAUAAAUUCAUCAGUCUGGUUGUGUAUGGUGAUGAUAAAGGAUAUUCUGCAAUGGCUAAAACUGUAGGGUACCCCACAGCUAUUGCUGCUAAGAUGGUUCUAGAUGGUGAAAUUGAUGCCAAAGGCAUGGUAAUUCCAUUGACGAAGAAUAUCUAUGCACCAAUUCUUGAGCGCAUUAGAGCAGAAGGCAUUGUAUGUAGUACCCAAAGCAUUAUCCGACAAGAACUAACAAGAGAUUGAGCUUUGGUUUUUUUUUUUUUUUUUUUUUUUUUUUUUUUAAGGAUCUCAGUUAGGCUUCCAGUUUUAUAUACACAAAUUGUGGGCCCACUACUUGAGAGUGCCUACAGACUGAGGCACAAAUUAUGCCCUUUAUAAAAUUAUCUACCUGCCUUUAUGUGGGCCUAAUGAAUAUUUAGAUGUAUAAAGGAUAGCACUUUUCCCUUCAAAACUGUGGGGGCUGUUCAAGUAUCCUGACCAGAGCCAAUUGGCUUAACAGGUCACAUCAUAAAGUGCCCAAAGCCUUUUGCCAUGAACAUACCUUACAAUGCAUUAUUACACUGUAUAAUACAGUAAUGAUGUAUUUGUAGUAUACACUUUGCUAAUAAAGAAGAUAUCUAAGGAGAUUUUAAACACAGUGUAUAUCUUUAGAACAUGAGAGUGUGUUAUUGGCAGAAGCAUGGAACUCUAUUGUAGGAAAAAUCUCAGGGUUAGGUCCAAAAAGGAUUUAGGACCAUAACUUACACCUUAGGUUCCUAAAUCCAAAAUUUAGAUCCUCUGAUCCCCACACAGCUGCCACCUAAUUCUGUAUGUGCCAAAAAUCCCUAGGCACAAAAACUGCUUUUGGUAAAGUUCCCAUGGUUCCUAAAAAUGUGUCCGAGUAUGCAAAUAGCUGCCUUAGGUGCCCCGGUGCCAUUGGGGCUUAGGCAUGAGCAAGGCGUCUUUCACCUGUUUCUCCUGCAGGGCCCAAUAUGUUAGCUGUUCUCAGAAGCACAUUCUCUCUCUGGCCUGAUGAAGAUUUAUUUAUACUCAGUGGAACAGCUUCAAUAGGAGCAGGGGUGUGCACAAGGCGAGCAAGCUGGAGGAUGCACCCCCCAAUAAUCAUCGGGGGCACAGAACUCCUCCAGGGCUACAGGGAGGAGAGCAAGCUCCUGCUGGAGCUGGGAUAGGAGGAGAAGGGAGAGGGAAAAGAGAGCUGUGGAGGAGAAGAGACGGGGAGCCAGAAUGUUUUCUCCCCCCACAGUCAAAGUUAAAUUUCUGCACACACCCCUGAACAUGAGACUGAAAGAAAACUGUACCAGAAUACCCCAUAGCCCGGUGGUUAGGCCACUCUCCUGGGAGUGGGGAGACAAAGUUCAAGGUUCUACUCCUCUUCUGGCAGGAAGGGGAACUGAACCUGGGGGUCUCCUAAAUCCUGGGUGAGUAUCUAAUCAUUGGCCUAAAGGUUAUAAGAGAGGAACAGCUCCUCCUCCUUUUUUGCUUGCUGCAAGAAAGGGCUUAGGUAUCUAACUCUCUAGGAAAGGGAUCAUGCCUGUGAAUUCUAAACUGAGAGGGGUGCCUGGAGUUAGCCACCUAACUCCCUUUGAGGGGUAGGGUUGAGCUAUACCCCCUCAAUUAUCCUUUCCUAUUGGCUAGCUUACAUGACUCCCCACUCAGCAUGCUGGCUUUUGUGGAUUCCAUUCUUAGGCACCUAACUCUCCCCAUGCAUUGUAUAGGGAGCAUGGGUACAUAACUUAGCUAUGGAAGUCACUAGGUAGCAGGGUGCCUAAAAUGUUAAGCACUGUGAUGCUUAACAUUUAAAUCCCUUUUGUGGACCUAGCGCUUAUGUGCACAUUAAUAUGACAGAAGUACAUCUGGUUAAUGAGUUCCAACCAGGAAUUAACUUUAAACAUUGUCUUGGUCUAAGUCGUUGACAAGUGUAUACCAAAGUCAGUACCAGAAGCAGAACUAAAUACUGAAUUUGCAUCUUGUUACCAAGAAAAUAUUGAUCAUGUUGUAAAGUACAAAAAUAUUAUUCAUUUAUAUCUCAGGGUAAUAUGAAAGCAAUUAUAACUUCAGAAACUCUAGUUCGCUAGUGAAUUAAAUCAUGUGAAAUCUUGAAAUGGCAGUCUUGCAGGCUUUAAAUAUAAAAUCUGCAUUUUCAUAUCUGCCAGAUAUGAAAUUGGAAUAAAUAUACAGGUUAAUAGAGUGCUUUAAAAAAAAACACCACACCAAAAUCCAUGUUUCUAGUUACUAAAUAGAAGCUUAUACAUUGGAUUAAUAACUAUAGCAUGUAUUGCUUUUUUUUUCCAGUUAAAAGGCAUGCAAUGGCAUAUAAAAGUACUCUACGCUUGGGAUUCGCAAGGGCAUUUAGGAUGUAAAUAUAGUGCAGUUAAAAUGUCAUUGGGAGAAAAGCUCUUAAGUCUGUUUACUUUUGAAUUACUCUUUCCACUUAACUUGGCCUAUCAAAUAAUGUAAUUACAAGGGUAAAAGAAAUACUGUCGUGCGCAAGGCCUUAAGAUAUUAUAGGCAGAGAAGUAUAAAUUCAGGAUGUACUAUUGUUUUUACACUGGUCUGUGAGUGUGUUCUCCUUCCUCUCUGCCUUGUCCUAGAACACAUUGUGAAAACAUUCAUCCAAUAUGUUAAUCAGUUGGGACUUCCACAUAGCAGUGUCUGGCCUGUAAAGCUGUCCUUCCUUCAUGUAAUACUGACCUCUGAUUCUGGAAGUCUGCCUGCUUUUCUUCUUGGUGGUUCCCCACUGCACCCUUCUCCCUAGUUUACUAUGUCACAGCCCUGAGAGGCUGGGCUACCAGAGGUAAUUUUUGGUUUUGGAAGUGAGGCAGCUUGUCCAGUAGUAGGAAUCAGCUGCAAGCAUAGAUGAAGUUCAUGAUUAGAGGUAAAAAUAAACUAUUUCACAGGAGUUAGAUGAUCUAGGGGCAGUAUUUAAUAAGAUGAUGGUUGCCACAAAGCUGAAGAGAGAAGGUGGUAGAGGGAGGAAGCAGAAAGUAAGAGAUGGUAGAAAAAGUCCAAGGGUUAAAUAGGUGUCUAGGGAGGGAUUUAGUAGUGGAACUACUUCAUGAUCCCAGCUCUUGAUUCUACUAGGUUACCAUGUCUGUUUUGGUGAUCAGGAUAAAUGGGUGAAAUCCUGAUCCCAGUUAAGUCAAUGGGAAAACUCCCAUUGGCUUCAAGAGGACUGGGAUUUCACCCAAGAACUCUAUCUAGACCCCCCCCCACUAAACCAUGCAUUCAUUUCCCCCAAUGACAGAAAGCAAGUGCACUAAGAAAAUGGGGUUGGUUUGUUUGUUUGUUUGUUUGUUUGUUUGUUUUUAAACUGAUUUCAGAGCAGGAGAGGAGGAACCACUCCGGUGUUUCCUUCACAAACUACCUCUGCCCCCUUUGAAGGGAUAGGAGAGAAUGUAUUGCUAUUUCCCAGCACUAGGGCUGUCUGUUCUGCUAGGCCAUUUUUCGAAACUAAAAAGCCACUGAAAGUCCUUUCUGAAGACUGUAGACUUGUUUUUAAAGUGAUAGAGGGAGAGUGCUGAAAAUUGUAUCAGCUGAUGCAUGGUGCUUAAAGAAAAAAAAUCUGGAGUUUAAAUUUUUAAAUUAUACUUUUGCGUGGAGUGAAAAUAGCUUUUUUGCUUUUUAAAUGUGGGAACUUCUGAUGUUGGAUUAUUUUGUAUACAACAUGGAUUUCUACAUGUAGAAUUGAUAGACGUCCAGGGCUUCUCUUGUGAAGUUUUCUGUACACAAUAAAUGUCUUUUGAAGCUGA